AUGGCGAAUGAAAUGCGAGUUUUUCUAAUGACUAAACAAGGCAAGGAAGUGCAGGAAAAACAGGAAAAGAAGCACGAGUUGCUAAAGGACCCACGAGCAGUUUACCAGGAUCAUUUUGUGUCGAUUCGUCCAGACUGCUUGGUAGUCAAAAAAUACUUCAUCCCUUCCUUGCUACCCUAUGAGUUUCCAUGGCACAAAAUUGAAUCACUGACCUACAUGCCACAAAACCAGGAUAAAAAAGUUCCAGGGAAGGGAAUGGAUUCCGACGGAAGAUGGUGGGCAACUGAUUUAUUAAGACCUCAUGAACGCGAACUACAUCUGUACAACGUUCGAAUUGACGUGCAUGACUUAGAACCCCGAAUGACAGGAUUUACAGUAAUCUAUAUUGACCAAUUUCUGAAAGCGUGCCGACAUUUGCUACCAUAUUCGUGCAAGUUGUCUGGAUGUGUCUGGUCGGAAUAA